AUGCACUAUGUGGACUCCGUGAAGGGCCAAUUUACCAUCUCCAGAGACAAUUCCAGGAAGUCCCUGUAUCUGCAAAAGAACAGACAGAAAGCCAAGGACAUGGCCAUGUAUUACUGUGUGAGAAAUCCUGUGUCCAGUGUGAGGUGCAGCUGGUGGAGUCUGCGGGAGGCCUUGGUACAGCCUGGGGGGUCCCUUAGACUCUCCUGUGCAGCCUCUGGAUUCACUUUCAGUAACGCCUGGAUGAGCUGGGUCUGCCAGGCUCCAGGGAAGGGGCUGGAGUGGGUUGGCUGUAUUAAAAGCAAAGCUAAUGGUGGGACAACAGACUACGCUGCACCUGUGAAAGGCAGAUUCACCAUCUCAAGAGAUGAUUCAAAAAACAUGCUGUAUCUGCAAAUGAACAGCCUGAAAACCGAGGACACGGCCGUGUAUUACUGUACCACAGACACAGUGAGGACCCUUUGGGAUGUGUCUGAGCCUGGAGAUGAGCCCACCAGCCCCAGCACUGACCUCCAAGCCAAGCAUGUCCCUGCCUUUGCUGUGGUCUCCAGUGCCAUGAACUCAGCUGCUGUCCUGGGCACCAGCCCAUCUUCCCCAACCUUCACCUUCACCCUCGGACGGCAUUACUCGCAGGACUGCAGCGGCUUUGCAGGCAGCAUCAAGGCUGGCCGCCGCUCCUCCUACCUGCUGGCCAUCACCACAGAGCGCUCCAAGUCCUGCGAUGAUGGACUCAACACCUUCCGCGACGACGGCCAGGUUCUGCGGCACCUGCCAAACCGCAUACCCAGCCUGCCGUUGCUCCGGAGCUUCUUCACAGAUGGGUCCUUGGAUAGCUGGGGCACCUCUGAAGAUGCUGACGCUCCUUCUAAGCGACACUCAACCUCUGACCUCUCAGAUGCGACCUUCAGCGAUAUCAGGAGAGAAGGCUGGUUGUAUUAUAAGCAGAACCUCACCAAGAAGGGGAAGAGAGAACGCAUGUGGCAUCAUGGUUCCAAGUGCACAGACUGCCGUGACGCCCGGGUGCAGGGGCAGCAGUUCUGUGAUGAGCAGGGCUCACAGCUCAGGAUCCACAUGAUGGGAGGCCAGAUGUGGGCUGUGCCCAUCUGCCAGCCACGGGAUCUCUUUGUCUGGUUUGCUGGGAUGAGGGGCAGCCUGGGGAGGGGCAUGGGCUGGGAAUGGCUUCCCGAGGAUUUCAUGUACGGAUGGCCAUGCUGGGUGUCUGAGCAUUGCCACCCCUUGUGGGCAGAACUGACCUCUCACCACUCCUGUUUCCCCCAACCCCGUGUCUCCCUGCAGAAAGCGGGCAGCGGCCUGCGCCAGUGGAAGCGGGUAUACGCCGUGCUGCAGGCGCGCUCGCUCUCACUGAGCAAGGAGCGGCGGGAGCCCGGGCCGGCGGCGGUGGGGGCUGCGGCGGCCGGCGCAGGUGAGGACGAGGCGGCGCCCGUCUGCAUCGGCUCCUGCCUCGUGGACAUCUCCUACAGCGAGACCAAGAGGAGGCACGUGUUCCAGCUGACCACCGCUGACUUCUAUGAAUAUCUCUUUCAGGCUGAGGACUGGGAUGACAUGCUGGGCUGGAUCAGAGUGAUCCGGGAGAACAGCAGGGCCGAGGGCGAGGACCCCGGCUGUGCCAACCAAGCUCUGAUCAGCAAGAAGCUUAAUGAUUAUCGCAAAGUGAGCCAUAGCUCUGGGCCCAAAGCUGAUUCCUCCCCCAAAGGCUCUCACAGCCUGGGGGGCCUCAAGUCUGAGUUCCUCAAGCAGAGUGCGGCACGUGGCCUCAGGACUCAGGACCUGCCCGCAGGGAGCAAGGAUGACAGUGCUGCAGCCCCCAAAACCCCCUGGGGCAUCAACAUCAUCAAGAAAAAUAAGAAGGCCGCCCCAAGGGCAUUUGGGGUCAGGCUGGAGGAGUGCCAGCCAACCACGGAGAACCAGCACAUCCCCUUAAUCGUGGCUGCAUGCUGUCACAUUGUGGAGGCACGAGGGCUGGAGUCCACAGGCUUUUACCGAUUGCCCGGCAACAAUGCAGUGGUGUCCAGCCUACAGGAGCAGCUCAACCUUGGGCCUGGUGACAUCAACCAGCAGGAUGAGCGCUGGCAAGACAUCAAUGUGAUCAGCAGCCUGCUCAAGUCCUUCUUCCGAAAGCUGCCCAAGCCUCUUUUCACUGAUGACAAAUACAACGACUUCAUCGAGGCCAACUGCAUUGAGGAUGUGCGGGAGCGGAUGAGGACGCUGCGGAAGCUGAUCCGGGAUCUCCCAGGACACUACUAUGAAACGCUCAAAUUCCUUGUGGGCCAUCUCAAGACCAUCGCUGACCACUCUGAGAAAAACAAAAUGGAACCCCGGAACCUGGCCCUGGUCUUUGGGCCGGCACUGGUGAGGACGUCUGAGGACAACAUGACAGACAUGGUGACCCACAUGCCUGACCGCUACAAGAUCAUGGAGACACUGACCCAGCACUCAGACUGGUUCUUCAGUGAUGAAGAGGACAAGGGAGAGAGAACCCCUGUGGGCGACAAGGAGCCUCAAGCAGUGCCCAACAUUGAGUACCUCCUGCCCAACAUUGGCAGGACAGUGCCCCCUGGCGACCCAGGGUCAGAACCCACUGGUUACGUCCCACCCAGGGCCUUGUGCCUGGGACCCUCAGCCACCAGCACCCCCAAAGCCCACUCCUCACCCACCCACAAGCUCCCCUGCCAGACAGAGCCCCAGCCCCAAGGAGUGGAUGAGCAGUGCCUCACAGGGAGUGCAUCCUGGAUAGGCAUCUGGCGGCUGAAUGAGUGCCGGCCUCCUUCCAGAGAAGUUGCUGAGAACACAGCUCCUCACCAUGGACUGGCCCUGAAGGAUCAUUUUUUUGGUGGCAGCAGCUACAGGUGCAGCUGGUGCAGUCUGGGACUGAAGGAGGAAGCUUGGGGCCUCAGUGAAGGUGUCCCGCAAAGCUCUGGAUACACCUUCACCAGCUACGAUAUUCACUGUGUGCGACAGGCCCCUGGAUAA